AUGGAUGUUUUAUCCUUGAGUUCAGUCCUAUUUCCCAAUAGGUCCUCUCAUGGCCUUAAUCCUCUCUCAAAAAAGUCACAAAGCCAAGGGCUUAGUGUUUCAUGUGGAGCUAGAAAGCUAGGUAUUGAGGUUGAAGAGACAACUCCCGAAAACUUUUACAAGAUACUAUCUUUGAAUCCUAAAACUGCAACAAAAGACGAAAUAAAGAAGGCUUAUAGAUCGAUGGCACUUCAGUACCACCCAGACAUAUGCCGAGACCCUUCAAGGAAGGAGAAGUGUACGAGGAUUUUUGUGCAACUCCAUGCAGCUUAUGAGACAUUAUUGGAUCCAGUGCUUCGAGAAGAGUAUGAUUAUGAACUCGGCUUGAUCACAAAAAAGAGUAAUAACAAGAGUGUUAACGGAGGUGAAAGAUGGAGAAGAAGGUGGGAAGAGCAAGUGGCUGAGUUGAAGAGAAGGUCUGAUGUAAGCAUGUCUCAAAAGGAAAAAUCAUCAUGGGCUAGUAGAGUUAGGGCUCAAAACAUGGAAAAACAUAACUGA